UCUCACACACCUUUGGCGGCGAUUGGCUGCGUCCCGCGCCCGCCUUCACCAACGCCGAGCUGGGGAGCCGCCACCUGAAUGGGGAGCUGCCCGCGAACAAAAAGAGAAAAAUAAAGGCAGCAUCCAGCAGAGAACGCCUGGGGCGGGGGGAGAAGGGGCUUGUCAACAGCUGCCGCUGCCUGCCAAAACCAGCCAGCCAGCCAGGGGGAGAAAAAUAAGUCUUCCAGCAAGGCCAUGCUAAAUUUCGGAGCUUCUCCUUUCCAGCUAGCUGAGGAAGGAAUGGAGCAGCACAUUAAAAGGUGUUCUUGGAACAAUACUACUGAAAAGAGUGAUUUUGAAGCAGUAGAAGCUCUGAUAUCCAUGAGCUGCAGUUGGAAAUCAGACUUCAAAAAGUAUGUUGAACUGAGACCAAUAACACCAGCCUCAGAUAUAUCUGAAGAAUUUGAGGAUCACCCGCAACCUGUCACCGACUUCAAUGCAAUAUCAGCCUUUUGUUUGACUCCACCCUACAGCCCUUCUGACCUUGAAAUGUCUCAAGCAAUCCAUUCAGCAGUACCAGCACCAUCUACUGUACAGAGCAAGUCAGUUACUGACAUGUCUGGUCAAGCUUCUCUGGUUGCUCUUAAAGAGACUGAAAGGGUCCCAGCAUCAAGAGAGCUGAAAGCCCAGGCAACAAGUGUUAUUCGCCACACUGCGGAUGCCCAGCUUUGUAAUCGCAGGACGUGUCCUGCAAGAACAGUCGGCAUUCAGAAUUAUCAGGAUAACACAAAGGAAGCAAGUCUACAGGAUAACAUGACAGCAAGAGAAGAUCCGUCUUGUGAAAAUGUGUCCCUGAAUACUACGCUUCCUGAAAAUGACAAGCUACUAGGCGUGCAAGAUCAGAGAAGUCCAAUGCUAACUGUUAACCCAGCACAUUUUGCACAGCCUUUACUUAGUAGUGGCCUGCCAAUCCAUGGAUCAGCACAACAGACUUCUUCACUGGUAGUCCCUACAUCUCCUAUGCAAGCUGGAGGAGUCCCUCCUAUGCCGUUAGUUUGUCAGAUGGUUCCUUUGCCUGCUAAUAACUCAGUUGUGACAGCGGUAGUUCCCAGCACCCCUUGCAGUCAGCUGCCAUCAAACCUUUGUUCGCCUAUGGUGUUCAUGGGAACCCAGGUUCCCAAAGGAGCUGUUAUGUUUGUUGUUCCCCAGACUGUUGUUCAGAAUCCAAAAGCUCCUGUGAUCAGUCCUAACGGCACCAGACUGUCUCCUAUUGCUCCUGCUCCAGGUUUUACUCCUGUUGCAACAAAGAUCACUCCAGCCAUUGAUUCUCUGAGAAUAAGAAGUCAUGUUUGUAACUACCCUGGGUGCGGAAAAACUUAUUUCAAGAGUUCCCAUUUGAAAGCCCAUGUGAGAACGCACACAGGAGAGAAACCAUUCAGUUGUAGUUGGAAAGGCUGCGAGAGGAGGUUUGCACGUUCUGAUGAACUGUCUCGCCAUCGUAGAACACACACGGGUGAGAAAAAAUUCGCCUGCCCUAUGUGCAACCGUCGGUUCAUGAGGAGUGACCACUUAACAAAACAUGCACGUCGCCACUUAUCGGCCAAGAAGUUACCAAAUUGGCAAAUGGAAGUGAGCAAGUUAAACGAUAUUGUUGUACCACCUACUACUGCACCUGCACAGUGAAGUGUUGCCAUCUGAAGACACUGUCAAAUAACUGUUACUGUGGUUUGAGUGAUAUCAAACCAACUUACAAACAAAAGUCUGUGGUUCUAUAGUGUCAGCCUUUGAUGGCUGUUAGAACAAACAGCGAUGUGACUCUGAGGUCCCCUGAAAAAAACCAGCCACAUGGGACAGUAGGUUUCUCUUUUGUGGGGAAAGGAGAACUGUAAGUGUCAGUACAAGACUACUUGUACGCACUAUAGAUCAACCAGGUAUAAGCCAGAGCGAUGUGUAUGCAUUUAGGCUUAAAACCAGAGAGGAAUAACAGUCUGGUAUAGAACCAGAUGAUGUUCAGUUAUACCAAAGUGCUGUAACUUUUAGACAGCAGAUAAUAUUUGAUUCAUUCUCCUUUGCUGCAAGGCCCAGUCAUCAGACUGGUAGAACUCUGGUUGUCAGAAACCCCCUUGUGAUUAGGCCUGUUUAUCUCCAUCACUUAGCAUAUCAAGUAUAGUUAAUUAUAUGAACUUAAAACAUUAGGCAUAUAAUUGAUUCAGGAUAUUACAAGGAUGGGAAGGAGGGGUGAAAACACUCAAAGUGGAUCCAUUUUGUUAUGUUAAUCAUCCAAGUCUAAUAGUAUUUUGCUAUUCCUUUUGAAAGCAUCAUGAUUAGUACUAUUAGCUGUACUACAGCAUCUUCUAAUACAACCGCUUUUACAUUGCUUAUGGUUUCAUUUAUACUGUGACAUUCUAUCUAUAUCACUGAAUUUUGAAAAUCUUGAUACAGUGCACUUUGUUAAAAAUGUAAUCUUAAGAGCAAACUGAGGCUGUUUUGGCGAUGAAGGACAAGAGCAGUAUUCUAUGCUACUUUCUGAAACUAUUACUCUGGAAGAUACACUUCUGUUGUAAGGUAAAUGACCUUUAUAUGUUGAAGGCAUUAUGUUGUGUUAAAUCAGAAAAUGAGGGGUUAUGUGAGAGAAACUAAAGGGUGUAAAGACACAAAUUAGUACACCAUGAUUAUUAAACCAUUUUUCUUGGUGAUAUUUCAGUUCCAUCUUGUACACUACUGGUGAAGAAUAAACUUGCUGGAGAGUGGUGUAAUAUCUAUUUUGUGACUACUUUAAAAUUUUGCACAAUAUUUCUUAUAUUGUACUUUAUACCUUGUUUACAAUAAAAAUCCAGUUUUGUUUAAUACAAAA